AUGCCCUGUGGGGAGGAUUGGCUCAGCCACCCGCUCGGGAUCGUGCAAGGCUUCUUCGCCCAAAAUGGAGUUAAUCCUGACUGGGAGAAGAAAGUAAUUGAAUAUUUUAAGGAAAAGCUGAAGGAAAAUAACGCUCCUAAAUGGGUACCAUCACUGAAUGAAGUUCCCCUUCAUUAUUUGAAACCUAACAGUUUUGUGAAGUUUCGUUGCAUGAUUCAGGAUAUGUUUGACCCUGAGUUUUACAUGGGAGUUUAUGAAACAGUUAAUCGAAAUACAAAAGCACGUGUCCUUCAUUUUGGAAAAUAUAGAGAUGUAGCAGAGUGUGGGCCUCAACAAGAAGUGGAUUUAAACUCCCCACGAACUACCACUUUGGAAAGACAGACUUUCUAUUGUGUCCCAGUGCCUGGGGAAUCUACAUGGGUAAAAGAAGCCUAUGUUAAUGCAAACCAAGCUCGAGUCAGCCCUUCGACAUCCUACACUCCCAGUCGUCACAAGAGGAGUUACGAAGAUGAUGAAGAUAUGGACCUACAGCCCAAUAAACAGAAAGACCAACAUGCAGGGGCCAGGCAAGCAGGGAGUGUUGGUGGUCUUCAGUGGUGUGGAGAGCCAAAACGUUUAGAAACUGAAGCUUCUACUGGGCAACAGCUGAACUUCUUGAACCUCUCUUCUCCUUUUGACCUGAAUUUUCCACUGCCAGGGGAGAAGGGCCCUGCAUGCCUUGUGAAGGUAUAUGAAGACUGGGAUUGUUUCAAAGUCAAUGACGUUCUUGAGUUAUAUGGUGUCCUGUCUGUGGAUCCUGUACUAAGUAUACUAAAUAAUGAUGAAAGGGAUGCCUCUUCGCUCCUGGAUCCGAUGGAAUGCACAGACACUGCCGAGGAGCAGAGAGUGCACAGUCCUCCUGCUUCAUUAGUGCCAAGAAUUCAUGUGGUUUUAGCUCAGAAGUUACAGCACAUCAAUCCUUUACUGCCUGCCUGCCUUAACAAGGAGGAGAGCAAAACCUGUAAGUUUGUUUCAGGUUUCAUGUCCGAAUUGUCCCCCAUCCGAGCAGAGCUGCUUGGGUUCCUCACUCACGCCCUUCUGGGAGAUAGCUUGGCUGCUGAAUACCUGAUAUUGCAUCUCAUCUCUACAGUGUAUACAAGAAGAGACGUUCUUCCACUGGGAAAAUUCACAGUUAACUUGAGUGGUUGCCCACGGAAUAGUACCUUCACAGAACACUUGUACCGGAUCAUUCAACAUCUUGUUCCAGCAUCUUUUCGUCUGCAGAUGACUAUAGAGAACAUGAACCAUUUGAAAUUCAUCCCCCACAAAGACUAUACAGCCAAUCGCCUGGUCAGUGGGCUCCUCCAGCUACCGAACAACACUUCCCUUGUGAUUGAUGAAACUCUCCUAGAACAAGGGCAGCUGGACACACCAGGUGUUCAUAAUGUGACUGCCCUGAGCAACCUAAUAACUUGGCAGAAGGUGGAUUAUGACUUCAGUUACCACCAGAUGGAAUUCCCCUGCAAUAUUAAUGUUUUUAUUACUUCAGAGGGGAGAUCACUCCUGCCGGCAGACUGCCAGAUCCACCUGGAGCCCCAGCUCAUCCCGCCCAACAUGGAGGAGUACACCGACAGCCUCCUGUCCGCCGUGCUCCCCUCUGUCCUCAACAAGUUCCGCAUCUACCUGACCCUCCUGAGGUUCCUGGACUACAGCAUUUCCGAUGAGAUAACCAAGGCAGUUGAAGAUGACUUUGUGGAGAUGCGCAAGAACGAUCCUCAGAGCAUCACUGCUGACGAUCUCCACCAGCUGCUCAUCGUGGCUCGGUUCCUGUCUCUCAGUGCCGGUCAGACCACACUGUCAAGAGAACGAUGGCUAAGAGCAAAGCAGUUAGAGUCUUUAAGAAGAACCAGGCUUCAACAGCAGAAAUGUGUGAAUGGAAAUGAACUUUGAAGAUCUGACACCUCUGAGAGUAUUGGGCAGAUUGUAGCCACAUUAUUGUAAAAUUCAAGUACCAUUUAUACCACAUUGUUUUGUAGAUAAUUUGUAUCAGACACCAAUGACUUUUCCUGAAAUCAAGCCUGGUAACAUCUGAAGUUUAUAUAAUAUUCAGUAAGGGCUUUUACCUUACUGGUUUUAUGGAGCUUUUGAUUGUUUUAUAAUUAUAUAAAUUAGUAACAAUGUACAAAAGUGUAUUUGAUAUUAAAAGUUUAAUAUUGA